AUUCCAUAAAGCUAACCAGUUUAUUCCUUUGUUACAGAUCCACGUUGUACUGGUAACCUACAAAGAAUAGUUGCACCAGAUUCUAGUGGAAAUCAAGAUCCAAUCAUUGAAAAACAAAUUGAAAUUGGAACGAACGAUGACUGAUUAGACAUUAAUACUGGCCACACGCCGAAACAUCGUACUGAUUAAAAAGAAAAAAAAGUAAAAAAAAAACAUAAUGUCACGGGCAACGGCGCCGAGUUGAUUCGAUAUUUGAAAAUGUCCGUGAGUGUUACUUAGGGUUGUAGAAAAUAAAGAUGGCGCACAAAAUAAAAAAUAACCACUAUGUGGCUACGCACAGAUCUGGCGUAGACUCACCGUCGUCUGGUGGAUAUUUGCCUAGAGCAUCAUCCAGAGACGAAAAUGACAGCCACCGAGCUCCUUCUGAAAGGACAUUAUCUGAAUAUACGACAAUGGACGAGAGAACCCGAUCACCUUCCGGUGAACACCGAAACGGCGACCACCGGAACGGUGAUCAUCGGAACGGUGAUCACCGGAACGGUCGACGGUCCCACCCGAACGGCUCACCUCGCGCCGACUCCGGUUCUGACGUGUACGUCACCAGUGCCGCCUACCGUCCACCCUCCGAAAUGAGUCGACAGUCGCGAGCGCCGCGCAGCGUGUAUUCGUACAGGAGCGCGGUGGCGCCCUCUGUCGCAUCUACCCACAGAUCCAAAGUUUCAAGAAAGGCUGGUGUGAAGGUAGACGCGAUGGCGGCUCCGAACCCUUUUUGCCCGAACGUGAAGGGCAUGUGUUGCCUGAUGCUGCUCCUCAACUUAGGUCUCAUACUGGUCACCCUUGGGUUCGUGAUCGUGCUGCAGUUCUUCGAGCCUCUGUUUGUAUGGUCAGUACCGCAUAAUGUUUUAUAUUUGAAUGUAUGAAAAUUGGUAGUUAUA